AUGGUCGAAGAAGCAUCAAAGACAGUAAAGGAGCAAACAGUAGCAGCAGCAGUUAAACCCAAAAAGACGGUUUGGCAAAAAGUCAAGGAAGAAGCGACUCACUACUGGGAUGGUACUAAGCUGCUUGGUUUAGAAAUUAAAAUUUCUUCUUCAUUGACUUGGAAGCUUAUGAACGGAGGAAAGCUGACGAGAAGAGAGCAUCGUCAACUUCGCCGUACAACCUCGGAUCUUAUGCGUCUCGUACCAUUUGCCUUUUUUAUUGUGGUGCCUUUUAUGGAAUUGCUCCUGCCUGUAGCCCUCAAGCUGUUCCCCAACAUGUUACCAAGUACUUAUGAAAGCAAAUCACAAGAGGAAAAGAAGAGAGUAAAGUUAUUGAAGGUGCGUUUAGAGAUGGCUAAAUUUCUUCAAGAAACUAUAUCCGAAACAGGAUUCCGGGGCACAACAGACGGAAUGGCCGCCCAAGAGUUUGCUGAAUUUUUCAGAAAGAUUCGUAUUACGGGUGAACAAGCAUCCACAGAGGAUUUAUUGAACGUUGCUAAGCGAUUUGAAGAUGAAUUGACAUUGGAUAAUUUAUCAAGACCUCAAUUAGUAUCCAUGUGCCGAUACAUGAAUAUUCAUUCGUUUGGAACAGACAACUUCUUGAGAUAUCAAAUCAGAAGCAGAAUGCGUCAACUCAAGGCAGACGACAAAGCUAUCAUGGCUGAAGGUAUCGAAUCUUUAACGCUGCCUGAACUUCAGAAUGCCUGUGCCUCACGAGGUAUUCGUGCUCUGGGCACCUCUCCUGCACGUUUGCGCGAUGAAUUAGCACAAUGGCUUGAUCUUCACUUGAACCAUAAAGUACCCUCUACUCUCUUGAUUCUUUCCAGAGCUUUCAGUUAUACCGACCAUGGUAUGACCAUGGAAGAAGCUUUGAAGGCUACGUUCAAUAGUUUACCUGACAAUCUUGUCAAUGAAGCUGAGCUCCAAGUACUUGAACAAGUAGGCGCAAGCACAUUCAAACAGAAAUUAGAAGUGUUGGAACAACAGCAGGAGCUUAUUGAAGAUGAGCACGAGCAGGAAGCCAAAGAAGAAAAGGCUAGAUUAGAAGCUGAAAAACUGGCCGAGGAAACAAAACUAGCUGAAGAAACAAAAAUGGCUGAGGAAGCAAAACUAGAGGAAGAUUUAAAGGAGACUGUGAAUCAAAAGGAAGAAGAGAUCCUGUCUACUCCAAACAAACAAACUUAA